AUGGUCAAGACCGUGACAGUCGAAGUCGACACGAUCCUGUUCGACAUGGACGGGACUCUGAUCGACUCGACGCCUGCGGUCAAUGCCACAUGGGCCUCGUUCGCACACCAGUACAACCUGGACCUGGACUUUGUCAUGCAGACCUGCCACGGCUACCGCACCGUCGAGAACCUGAAACGCUUCAUCCCCUCCAUCCCGGACGACCAGAUCGACGCCGAAGUUGAGCGCUUCGAGUCCAACAUCCUCGUGGUCGCGCAAGAGAACGCCGCCAAGGGCGCGGGGGGUUCCAUCGUCGCCAUGCCCGGAGCCAAGGCGCUGCUGUCGCAGAUCAACUCCACGCGCCCCGACACCGCCGUGCAGCGCGGCAACUGGGGGUGGGCCAUCGUCACCUCGGCCACCAAAGCCUACGCCCAACAAGGCUUCGCCUCCGCAGGCGUCAGUGACCCGCCCCGCGUCUUCAUCACCUCGGACCUCUGCACGCGCGGCAAGCCCGACCCACAACCCUACCUCAUGGGCGCCGAAAAGACCGGCCAAGACAUCUCGCGCUGCCUCGUCGUCGAAGAUGCUCCUCCCGGUGUGCGUGCCGGCAAGCGCGCUGGCGCAAAGACGCUCGCACUCAGAACCACCCACGACGGCGAAAAGAUGCAGCAGGAACAAGCAGACUACAUCGUCGAGGACCUCAGGAGUGUCACGCACGUACAGUGGAAGGAGGACGGCUCCGGCUUGGUUCUGACCAUCCAGGCCGAAGAGCCCGAGAAAGGCGAGGCCAAGGGCAUCUCGGAGCUGGCCAAGCAGAUCCAGCUGCAGAAUGACCCCACUGCCAACGGUCACGCAUGA